AUGCGCGAGUUCCUACCUUUGCUCCAGUCUGCCAUGUCCAACCUGAUAAACGAUAAGUCGGAAGAGUCGCGCUUGUUACAAGUCCUAAUUUUGAAGAUAUUCUUCGCCUAUAUACAUCUUCACUUCCCUCUGGAUGUUAUGGACAAAGAGAACCAACUCGAGCCUUUCCUGCUUAAUCAUGUGAUACCAACACUGCACGCUCCCGAAGGUUACCGUCGAGCUCGUGCAUGUUGGCUAGUUGGAAAGCUCGCAGAUGCCACCUUUAACGAUCCAAACGUGUUCGCCCAACUCGUGGACGAAGUUCGAAAAUCCAUCUUCAAUGAUCCAGAGCUGCCGGUUCGUGCAUUCGCGGCUCUUUGCCUCGCUGAGUUGCUUCGUUCUCAGGAAGAAGAAUUACUGAAUCUGCUGCGAGAGACAGAAUUUGACGAUUUGAAUCAAGUUAUCGAACGGCUAAUGAUUUCNUUCGAAAAAGAAUUAGCACCGAUUGCAGUGGAACUAACUCAAAACAUGUGUAUGACAUUCAUGCAACUCAUCCAGUCGGUGGAAAACGGCGUUUCAGAAGAAACAAAUGAACGUGGUGACUACGAGGACAUAGCUGAAUAUCGUUCCGUCGUUGCCACGAGCGUCCUAGAUAAUAUUGAAUCCAUGUUGCGCAUUGCAGAGGAACACGAAGGUCUUAUUGCCGAACUUGAACCAAUAGUGGCUCAACAGAUACAGACAAUCUUUGAGCGCGAACUGUCCAUAUUUUAUGAAGAAGCACUGAGUUUAUUAUUCUCCCUCACCACAACCAAGAUCUCACCGUUAAUGUGGCAGUUGUUUGACCAGCUUUACGUUGUCUUUCAAAAAGAUUCCUCAGAUUGUUUUUCAGAAAUGAUGCCCUGUCUUCACAACUAUAUGACUGUUGAUCGAAAUGCCUUCAUCUCGGAUCCCAAGCACGUAGAGGUUAUUGCUGCCAUGUGCUCGCAGGUUUUACAAUCCGAACAGGAUGAAACUGUCCAGAUGUACGCGGCAAAACUGUUGGAGGUGUUGUUGCUGGAUUACCGAGGUCAGAUUAAUCAGUACGCUCCGAAGUUCAUAGAACUGGCUCUCACGCGCCUCACACAGUCUAUUGUGGCGAGCGAGCUCCGGGUCAUGUGCUUGCAGGUUGUGGUCGCAGGCAUACUGUAUUCUCCUGGCGACGUUUUGACUAUGAUGACCGAGCACCAAUGGCCAGGUACAACAGUUCCCAUACUUGCUGAAUUCCUGAAACUCUGGAUCAGUGACGUUGAUGUUUUCUUGGGCCUUCACGAUCGACGUCUCUACGUGCUCGGUUUGUGCUUGCUCUUAUCCCUCCCGGCGGCUCAACGGUCCUCGGUGGUGGAGGCUUUUGGCAAGGACUACAUGCCCACGCUGCUUGUUCUUUUCGGUGGUUUGAAAAGAGCGUAUGCGGCAAAGGCUCAAAAUCAGGCAGAGAGUGAUGAUUCGGACGAAGAAGAAUCAGAAGAAGAAGACCUAGAGGAAAAAGCCCUUGGAAGUGAUGAAGAUGAAGUGGAUGAGGAGGGUGCCUCAUACCUGGAGAUGCUUGAAGGCGAGGUAGGCGCAUCCUCAGGGGUUACUACUGAUUUCAACUGCAUUUCACUCUUUACCAUGCGAGCUAUUUUUUCCUUUCUUCAGGGCGAAGAUGAUGACGAUGAUGAAGAUGACGAUGACGAGAAUGAGGACGAGGAAACAGCCCUCGAAGCUUUCGAGACAGAAAUGGACAAAUCCGAAUGUGACAUGGAUGAAUACGUCACGUUCUAUCGUGUUAUGACAGAACUAGAACGUUCCGACCCCAAUUGGUACAGUCAACUCAUCGGACAUCUCACAGAGCCCCAGCAGAAGGAGCUAAAAGAGGUGGUCGAUACCGCAGUGAAAUGCAUACAACAGAAAGGUAUGUGGCUUUUUUUCUUAUUUCAUCUUUUCGGUUCAUCCCACACAACGCUGAUAAGUUGA